UGAAACUUUCCACAAUGCCUGGCUCUUGCCGGCUAGAAGCUGAAGGAGUCAGCACUGGAUGGAUUGUUUUAGCCCCAGGACUAAGGUAAGUAUUUGCAUGCAAGAUUUUCAAGCCCAACCAACCCUUGUAGGGUCUCCUGCUUUCCAGGCCCACUUAGGGCUGCCAAGCUUGCUUUUCAAACAAGCUGCCAGAGACCUAUGCGCUCAGGACGGAAUUAAGGGCCAUCAGGAAGGGCCUGGGCUCUCAGCAAGCAAAAGCCCAGCUACAAGCCACCCACAACGUCUGGGGCACGGACACACAAAUUUUCAGGCCGUGGGACAGUUCAUUUCUUCAGCUGGGCUCGCGGGUCCUCACACACCGCGCCCGUUGCCUAGCUGGCACAUUGGGUCAUGCUGCUACCAUUCCAAGUCCCACCCGAUAAGAAGCAUGUGCUCUGUGGUCAGCCUUCACCUGAAUGGGCAGUUCGCGCCUGGCAGCCGGGCCGGCUUCUCCAGUGCCGGCUCCUCCAGAACCCACUCCAAUGAGUGCCCAGGGCCAAGGCAGCCUGGCCUGCACCAUCGACGCGGGUCACCGCACCGGACCGCUGGAGCACUCCCUACCCCCAAUUGGCGGGCAGUUCGCGUCUUGACAGGGUCCCCAGGGCCCCACAGCGCCGCCUGUAUCGGUCCUCGGCAUCUCAGCCAGUUUCCAGUUUCUCUCCACCUCGGUAGGGACCAAGGAGCGGAAGGAGUUCAGGUAACCUGCCAGACCGCCGAGAUUUCCCGAAACAAAGAGAACGGCGAACGAAUCUCUGCAUCUGAGUGACCAGCACAGUCUCCUAAGCAACUCUCCCUCUGACACACGGAGCAGCUAGCUGGUGAUUUUGCGAAACUGAAGAAGACGCUGGAGGAGCCAGGAAAAAAAACGCCCCUUUUGUAGUGUGCGGUUCACAAUUACAAAAAACGGCCUCUUUGUACAGGUGUCUGUACCAAGAAGAGAGCUGCUCUAUGGCAACUUUUAUCCGCCCAGUCUUUCUCUCCAGGCUUUCCCCCCAGCCCAUCCCCAUUUGCCUCAACAGAUCCCCAUAGUUUGCCUCCACAACCUACCCAUGAAGCAAAUCUCUUUUUUCUCUGUAGCACCUGGUGGAGUAUAUAAGGUUAGGCCUUGGACAAUCUCACAAUCACAGGUUGAUUUUUGUAUUUUGAGACAAGGUCUCACUUAGCCCUGGCUGUCCUGGAACUUGCUUUACAGGCCAGGCUGGCCUAUCUCUGCCUCCCAUGUGCUAGAAUCAAAGGUGUGCACAGCGAGAAGGGCAUUGGAGGUUGAAAAUUUUAUGGAGUUUUACAGGACUCUCUUCCAUGUCCACAUAAAUUGAAAUGAUUUUUCUCCUGUUGAUCUGUUGUGCCAGUUUAAAGAAUAAACGCCCCUCCAAAAAAAAAAAUGGUAUGAAAGCAUUUUCUCACUUUAGUAACAGGCACUUAUGAAGUAUUUCUGUUCCAAAACUCUGGUUACAUCCACACAGCACACAAGUGUAGCCAGAGUUUUUCUCUCUGGGUCCCGCCAAUCCCCAGCAGUC